AUGGUCUGCUCAUUGCUCGCAUAUGCUCCAAUGGGUUUGUUUGAAGAAGACUCGUCCUCAUCAGGCUUGAUAGUGAGCCAUGUUUUAUACAAAGCAGCUUUUGUAAUUGCCUUAAUGAGAUGGGUUUUGUACUGGGCUCUCAGACUCAGACAAAGACUCUUAUCUUCUUCUUCCUCCUCCUCCUCCUCCUCCUCCUCUGUUUCUGACCAUGGCUACAAUUUCCUGGAGGCAGAGCAUGGUGAAUUACAAAACUACCCUCCUGCGCCUUCCUCUUGCUCUUCUUCUUCAACCCAGUUGAUCAGAGACUGCCUUGUGCAGACCACCUUUGAGGAAAUUACCAACAGACAAGGAAGCUACAGAGCCAGCAGCAGUGGCUGUGACACGUGUGCUGUGUGCUUGAGCCAGCUGGAGAUGGAGGAUCAGGUGAGGGAGCUCAGGAACUGCAGCCACGUGUUCCACACAGAAUGCAUCGACAGAUGGCUGGAGUAUCAUGAUCAUCAUGAUCAUCAUCAUGAUGAUAACCACAGGACUUGCCCACUCUGUAGGACCCCCUUGCUGACGUCAUCCCAAAUCCAGAGCUUGAGCUGGGAUCACAGAUCCCAGCCCAGCUGGGCUGUGGAGAGACUGCUCUACCUCUUUGGGGAUGAUCUGCUGUUGUGA